AUGUCCCUACCGCCUCCUCCAGGUCUCCAGCGUCCACCGCCAUCGCAAACCGCCCCGCAGGCCCAGCAACCACCGGCCUCGCUGCCUGCCCGUCCGCCAUCCACCGCAUCCUCAUACACAGCUGCUGCCGCUCCGGCCACCGUCUCGAGGCCUCCUAGCCAUGGACCAGACAUAUCUAGGCCAGCUGUCGGGGCAGCUUACGGUUUCCAGCCACGUGCCGUAGCUGCGCAAUCGUACCGCGCACCCGCGUAUCCUACAUACAACAAUAGCACGGGCUAUCAAUAUCAGCAGCAGCAGCAGCAGCAGCAUCAACCACAUCACCAACAUCAACAGACGUACCAGGCACAACCGACGUCGUACUACGGCCAACAGACCCAGCAGUCAUACAAUAACAACACCUCUACAUAUAACCAGCACAAUGGGUACCCGCAGAAACGAAACAAUGCAGGCUCAUACGGAGCCAGGUCAGGGCAGCCACGGUACGGCGAAUCCACCGGUGACCCCGAGAUGGACGCUCAGAUUGCACAGUGGCAGAGUGCAUACAUGAGCAAGGACAGCAGUGAGGCUGCCGCUGCCGCUACCCCGUCUUCUACCGCCGCUACGGGAGCCAACAGCGGUCCUCUGGGCUCCAUUCAGCGUCUACAUGACCCAUCAGCCAGUACAGCAUCGACUCCGCCGAGCGGAGCAGCCACCACGGCCGCUGGCACCCCCCUCCCCAUCCCCAACCAAGGCCUGGCUGCGGCCGCUGGCCAGGAGUCAUCUGCUGAGCCAACCAAGACUGUCCUACGCUCUGGCGGUGGCCAGACGUGGACGGACUCGACGCUUCUGGAGUGGGAUCCGGCUCACUUCCGGCUCUUCUGCGGCAACCUGGCCGGCGAGGUUACGGACGAGUCGCUGCUCAAGGCCUUCUCCAAGUAUCCGUCUGUGCAAAAGGCGCGGGUGAUCCGGGACAAGCGGACGGAAAAGAGCAAAGGGUACGGCUUCGUCAGCUUCUCGGACGGGGACGACUAUUUCAAGGCUGCCAGGGAGAUGCAAGGCAAGUAUAUCGGUUCGCACCCCGUGCUGCUGAGACGAGCCAUGACGGAGAUCAGGCCCGUUAGUGCAUCCAAGGGCAAACACGCUAAGGGCAAGGGCAGACACGGCCACCAUCACAGCAGCGGCAGCGGUAUUGGACGAGAGAACAAGCCUGCUGCCGUCGCCCCGGGCAAGACAGACGGCGGCGUGAAGAAGCAGAAGACCAAGGGCGGCCUCAGGGUUCUAGGAUAG